CAGAGAAGGCCCCUGGGUGUGCAGACGACAGUGUGCAUCUUGGUUCUCUUAGCAGCUUGCUUGUCCGCCAUCUCUGCCUCACCCAGGGCGGCAUUUCUCUCAUCGCUGCGGCCGCACGUUGCCGCCUCUCAUGCAUUCGCCCGGCGGUCAGCAGCGGCUCUGAGGAGGCCUGUGAGGAUGGCUGCUGCCGCUGGUGCUUCUGCUGCAGCAGUCAAGACUUUCUCGGCGCGAGGCAUCAGUCUCGGUCUUGACGCGUUUGCAUGUACUGCCCACACACAGCACUGACCAGCAGAAUGAGUACGGCAUCGAGCUCAUUCUGCAUGCAGAUCGGCAGUGGGACGACCCUUCUUACAAGGGCACCCGGAUGAAGGGCGACAAGCAAGAGUUCAUUGACAAGGUGAGAUGAGCUGAGUUUGCGUGAGGGAAGUGACAUUCGAUGAGCAGUGCAGUGCAUGGUCGUGGCGUGGUCGUGCCUGUGUGGUUGUGUGUGUUGUGCAGGUGAAUGAGUUGGUGCAGCAGAAUGACCUCACAAUGACGGAGGGGUGAGUGAGUGAGUGAGUGAGUGAGUGAGUGGUGGGCCGCCGGCUGGCUGAUCCGAUCACAUCAGAUCAGAGCAGAUCGGAUCAGCACACACGCGUGUGUGUAUCCGCUUCUCUGUCAACCAGAUACGCCCCGUUCUGCCGUCACAUCUUCGUCGGUAACAUUGUGGAUGGCGUGGUGCCCGGCACCCUGGCAAUCACCGACGCCAACAGACAUCUGCUCAGGUAAUGUACAUGUGCUUCCGCCUGACAUCCCAUCCAUCCAUCCAUCCAUCUGUGUAUGGCUGAUGUGUGUGUGUGUGUGUGUGCGCCGUCGGUCGGUCGCAGGAGUGGGUACAGCGCACGUCGUCCCGAGGAGCUGCCCGUCUUGUCGCGCUGGUUCAGGGCGGGGGACGUUAAAGGUCUGCUGAGGCCGGCCAAAUUCCUGGAUCUCAUUCUCUACAGCCGCGAGCAGAUUGCAAAGGCAACACAGACAGACAGACAGACAGGCAGGCAGACAGACAGACAGACAAAGAUGCCGGAGGGGUGCGCCGCGCCAUCCGUUGUGUGUUUGGUUUUUUGUUGGUUCGUCCCCUCGUGUGCAGGAGAAGGCGGCCAUGGACAAGACAGACGAGGUCACGAUAGGUCAGUAAGUCGGUGGUGCCGUGUUGUGUGUGUGUGUGUGUGUGUGUGAGGAUGGACAGCGCAUUGCAUCCAUCGUUUGAGUGGCUGGGCUGCGUGUGUUUUCAUUCACUCCUUCACUCACUCGUGGUGCAGAUGAGAAGGAUCCGUUGUGGUCGGUCAUCUCCAUCAAGGUAGGUAGGUAGGUAUGUCAACUCAGGUCAGGUCACGCAAGAGGCAUCCAUCCAUCCAUCCACAUGCUGUCUAUCCUUUGCACGUGUGUAUAUCCCGUACCUGCAGGCUCAAGACGAGGUCAGCAAUGCCCACCCACCCCUCCAUCCAUCCAUCCCAUGUGCCGCGUGUGUGUGGUUGCUGGCUGGCUGUUGUCCUUAUUUGCUUCCUUGGCCUUCGAUCGGUCGAUCAGGCAUUCGAGCUGCCGAUGGCGCCCAUCACUAUGAUGCGGAACACGCUCAUCGGUGAAGGUAGGUCACUCACGCCACGCAACACACCCAUCCCAUCCCAUACAGACCCACACUUCUACACGCCGACAAGUGUGUAUUGACUGAUUGAUCUCUGUGUCCGUGUGGGUGGGGUUAUGGGUGCGUGAAGGUGGGAGUGGCGUGCCGAUUGACCGGGAGGCCUACAUGAAGAGCGUCGAGUACUGGCAGAACCACGCCGUUGUCCAGUGAAUGCAUUAUGUACUCUCGUGCUGCGUGUCGGUCGUGUGGACAGACAGACAGACGGGUGGUGAAGGUGUGUGAGAUGCUGUGGGGGGAUGCAAAAGUGGUUCGGUUCGCUUGUCCUCCUUCAAUGAUUGAG